GAUGACGCCGAAUUCACGCGUGCCGUUAACCUUGUGCUGCAGUAGUGUUAAACCUGAAACUCGGCGUGAUAGCAGUGUUUAAACUUUAUGUAUUUAUAGAUAUACUGUCGGCAGCAUUGUUCGGAGUCAUGAGUAGAUAUGUUUUACCGGUUUCUGUGUUUGGAACAGUGGUUGGAUGCGCUGUUUUACUGAAGAACCACAUGACUGGAGGCCGGUGUCCCAGUAAGGCUACCAUUAAUGGGAAGACUGUGGUUAUAACAGGAGCCAACACAGGCAUUGGGAAAGCGACCGCCAGAGAACUGGCCCAGAGAGGGGGUCGGAUCAUUAUGGGAUGUCGGGACAUGGAGAAGUGCGAAGCAGCCGCAAAGGAAAUACGAGGCAAGACCCUGAACCAUCAUGUUUACGCGUGUCGUCUUGACCUGGCCUCCUUGAAAUCCAUCAGAGAGUUUGCAGAGAAAAUCAAACAAGAGGAGCAGCGAGUGGAUGUGCUCAUAAACAAUGCAGGAGUCAUGAGAUGUCCAGCAUGGAAGACAGAAGACGGCUUUGACAUGCAGUUUGGAGUUAACCACUUAGGCCACUUCUUGUUGACAAAUCUUCUUCUGGAUAAGUUGAAAGAGUCCGCCCCCAGCAGAGUGAUCAACCUGGCCUCACUCGCCCACCUCGUUGGAAAGAUUGACUUCGAGGACUUGAACUGGGAGAAGAAGAAGUUUGAUACCAAGCGGGCGUACUGUCAGAGCAAGCUUGCCAAUGUUCUGUUCACAAGAGAGCUCGCCAAGCGAUUACAAGGCACAGGAGUUACAGUAAAUGCUGUACACCCAGGCAUUGUUGCCACGGAGCUCGGGAGGCACACGGGCAUGCACCAAUCAGCGUUCUCGAGCUCCAUUCUCAGUCCCUUUUUCUCCAUGUUGGUUAAGAGUCCAGAGCUUGGAGCCCAGCCCAGCGUCUACCUGGCCGUGUCCGAGGAGAUGGAGGGGAUGACAGGAAGGUACUAUGAUGUGAUGACAGAAAAGGAACCAGCGCCUCAGGCCCUGGAUGAGGAGGCAGCUCGCAGGCUGUGGGAGAUCAGCAGCAGGCUGGUGGGUCUGGAGGAGGAGGGACAGUCCGCCAAAGUUGACCCACUAGCAGAAGGCUAGAGCGAAGCUGCACAGACAGAGCCGGCGCAGACACACGGACAGAGCCCAGGACCAGCUGUCGGUGCUGUCGGGUUGUAGGUCUGCUUUGGCUUCUGGACCAGCAGAAGAUAAUGGCCCUUUAUGGAUUCAGCUGUGCCAGGCUCUUUGGAACAAUUAAUUGUCUGAGUCUGUAUUGUCUGUAUAAUGGCAGUCUUUUGUACAUGUCUUUAUGUUCCUGCAUCAGGACAUUUUCUUGUAUGACAAGCAGUCUUUGACAAUGGACUCUUGACUCUUUGUUUAAAGUGAGACUACGUCACUUUUUAAAGAAACAAAGGGAAUUUUGUUCAUGAAAAGUUGAAUUCAUUGCACUCUUAAUUCAUUUCUGUACACUCUGGGGUUUUGCUGAGACAGCUGUACCGGGUCUGGUAUGACUAGUAGCUUAUGAUGUGCUGUGUGUGUGUGACUCUUCACUACUUGUGCUACGGUUACGCAAGGUUUUAGCAUUUCGUUACAGAGUCUCAUUUUAAGUUUUUUUGCAUUUAUUCCAGCACUUUGGAAUAAUGUUAUGAAGUGCUAAAUACAAGUUUGAGAUGAA